AACCGGGGCGGCGUGAGGGCCAGCCGCCGCCGCGAUCCUGCCCCGGGCGGCGAGAGGCCGAGGUGGCCCAACAGCGCGAGCGCCUGGGAACGCGGGGGCCGACCGGGGCCGGGCGGACGCGGGGCUGCCAGGCCACCGCGCCGGAAGUACCCGGGGCAGCAGAGGAAGCGCAGUAGUUGUGCAGAGUAGGCAGAGCCGGCGGGAAGGCCGUUUGCUCCUGCUGUGUGCAGUGGCGGCCGCGGCCCCAGGUCUUGCUCUGAGACACGGGCGACAAAUCCCCAGAAAGGGACCACAGAGGGGAGGAGGAAGUGAGGAGGCCGCCCAAAGGCGGCGAGCUCGGAGGCCCUUAAGUCUUGGCCGCGUCAGGGAACCACAUGGCCUCCGGAGUGGGUGCGGCCUUCGAGGAGCUGCCUCACGACGGCACGUGUGACGAGUGUGAGCCCGACGAGGCUCCGGGGGCCGAGGAAGUGUGCCAAGAAUGCGGCUUCUGCUACUGCCACCGCCAUGCAGAGGCGCACAGGCAGAAAUUCCUCAGUCACCACCUGGCGGAAUACUUCCAUGGAAUCGAGGCCUGGACAUCGGGAGCCAAGGGGGAGGGGAAGGAAGAAGUUGAGGCCAAGAUGGAGAAUGAGACGGAGAUAGAAAGCGAGGUGGGAGAAGAGAGCGAGUCCGAGGAAGAGAGUGAGUCAGAAGAGAGCGAGACGGAGGAAGAGAGUGAGGAUGAUAGCGAUGAAGAGAGUGAAGAAGACAGUGAAGAAGAAAUGGAGGAUGAGCAAGAAAGUGAGGCUGAGGAUGACAACCAGGAAGAAGGAGAAUCUGAGGCUGAGGAAGAAACUGAGGCAGAGAGCGAAUUUGACCCAGAAAUAGAAAUGGAAGCAGAGAGAGUGGCCAAGAGGAAGUGUCCGGACCAUGGGCUAGAUCUGAGCACCUAUUGUCAGGAAGAUAGGCAGCUCAUCUGUGUCCUGUGCCCGGUCAUUGGGGCUCACCAGGGCCACCAGCUCUCCACCCUAGAUGAAGCCUUCGAAGAACUAAGAAGCAAAGACUCAGGCGGACUGAAGGCAGCUAUGAUAGAGUUGGUGGAAAGGUUAAAGUUCAAGAGCUCAGACCCUAAAGUAACUCGGGACCAGAUGAAAGUGUUCAUACAGCAGGAAUUUAAGAAAGUUCAGAAAGUGAUUGCUGCUGAGGAGCAGAAGGCCCUUCAUCUAGUGGAUAUCCAGGAAGCAAUGGCCACGGCCCAUGUGACUGAGAUACUGGCAGACAUCCAAUCUCACAUGGAUAGGUUGAUGACUCAGAUGGCCCAAGCCAAGGAACAACUUGAUACCUCUAAUGAAGCAGCUGAGCCAAAGGCAGAGGGCGACGAGGAAGGACCUAGCGGUGCCAGUGAAGAAGAGGACACAUGAAGACUUGCCAUUCCCAGUGGAAUAUCAUCCCUUUCCCUUGUGUGUAUGUGACAGCGUGUAUGUACGGCUUCUGAUUUUUGUGAAAGCUGCCCAGCAACAAACAUACUUCCACCAGAUAUGUUCCCAGAUCCACAGAAGGCACAUCUUUCUCCAGCGGACGACCAGUUCUUAUGCUUACUGACUGUGUACAGUUUCUGUUUCUCUUGUGGUGGUAGGUCAAGGAAAAUCGCUCCAUUGGUCGACCAGGAGCAAUUAGGAUGGGUCCUUCAGGUUACCCUUCAGUGGCUGCUUUGAACUUACUCAGGAAAGGCAGCCCCUGUAAUAGUGUAUAACCAAACAGUGUCACUUCAAUAAGAAGGAUCUGGAUAAUCUUGAGGGGCAGUGAGAAGUUUUUUUCCUACCUGCUAAUAAAAACCCCACUUUGUUCAUAUUGAAGCAUGAAACAAAUGAGGGCAAAGUGGGGCCAAAUUGACUCAUGUAGAUAGUCUUGAAAAGUCCAGUUCUGAAUUUGUAAAAAUGUGGUGCCAUGAAUUAGGAUGGAUGGCUUGAAAACAGGGUGGGGCAAGAGUUAAGAAUUAGGAAGACGUGGAAAUAUUUUUAGUACAUGAGGUUUCCCAUGACUUCAGAUUCAUAAUUCAGUGCUGUGGAAAUGAAAAAGAUGAUUGAUGAGGUAGAAAGGAAAUGCCCUUAAAAUAAAAAAGGAGGACCAAAGAGAUUUGAUUAAAGUUCGAGUUCAGUAUUUCUCAACUCAAAUUGCCUCAGUUUCCAGAAUAGUCACUAAAGGAUCUGACAACAUCUGAGUUAUUUGGGUGAAUUCUGCAGGCUUUAUGGAUAUUAUCCCAACAUGAAAGGCUGGAAUGUAUAUUACCAGAUGGGAAUUUUCAGUGUAGGUUUUUGGCUUCCCUCCUUAGCCUAAUUUGGCUUAAAUACAGUAUGGGGAAAAUUCUUGCCACCCCAUGGUGUGCUGAAUUGAGCUUCGUCUCCCAGCAGAUGACCAGCAGAUAUACCCUUUUUAUCCUCUGAACUGGACCCUUAUUCCCCUGGCACUGCCUAACCCACAGACUUUUGGAUCAUGUCCUAUACUCUGGCUGUCUUCUUUGUAAGUGACAUGAGCAGAGACAGUUCUGAGGUUGAACUUCCUCACCUCUCCCCAUUCCCAAAUCACAUUUCCUUACAACCAAGCUUCCGACCCCAAGUAAGCAGUGAUGUGCUAGGGGAGUACAAAACCAUAAGCUAAAGCACUUGCUCUUCCUGAAGCAUCGGUUUUAUUCAACAAAUGGUUUGGAGUGAGGGAAUGACAUUAUUUUUAUAUAAAACACACAGUUGUAUUGUGAAAUAGAAUAUGCAUACACAUGAACUGCUAAGAUAAAAUGGUAGAGUUCAAAGGUAAUUUGUUUGCAAAUGAGGAUAUAUGUUCACUCUCUUCUGCCUUUAGUGGUAUUUUGAUGUUCACUUCUGAGAAGGACCAUUGGAACCAUAUUUGGUGUUGGGGUUGCUGUUGACCCAGUGCCUAGACUUUCAGUGCCUCUGAGGUAGAACCAAAAGAGCCUGCAUAGGGGGUUAUCCUCCUCUUCUAGCCUGCCUAUCAGUGAUCUAUAUAUCCAUACAUACCUUUAGGGCUGGCUCAUUUGUGUGUAUGCAGGAUGUUUUUGAGCAAAACCAGUACUUGCUUACAGUAGGAGUUCUAUUUAUAUCAUUGUUUAAUCCUGUGCAUACUAUGAAAUAAUUUAUCCCUUUGAGGCCAAGAAGCUGCCAGGCAUUGAUUCAUUUUGGUGGAUUAUCCCAACUCACUGAAUAUGCUGAAAAUUUUGGGGCUAAGAGGAAUUGGGGCUGUUAAAAAAAAAUUUUUUUUUUUCUCUCAAACUGUGGCCAGAAAAUGGCUAAAACAAUUUUGGUGUUUUACCUAUCUGUCUACAAAGACUGGGAAAAUUGGCAUACCACUAAUUACAGCCACCAACCAUAUUCAACAUAACUACCCUAAAAGGACCAAAGGUCACUCUUGGAAAGAGUUAAAAAAAUAUCAGAAGAUUAAGAAGACUUCAGAAUUUGAAAGCUUGUGUUGUCUUUCCCCAGUAACUAUUUUUACUCUUAUCUUAGCAAGGGACAGAUCAUUGACUCCAACAUACCUGAUCAUAUGCUAUUACUUUAAAUCAGUAUUUGGGAAAUCCGAGCAUUUAUGCAGUGGAUAUGAACAGAAAUAGAAAAAUAUGUGCCAACCUGUCUCAAUAAAUUAUAUCUGUGUAAUCCUCUAGGAAAGCACUUUUGCUUUUACUUAGAAAGGAUUUCAGGUUUGCUUUAUGAGCGCCUGUUGUCUUCAGCACCUGAUAAAACUUUAACCAGGGAAGCAUUAAACACAGCACAGCAGUUUUUGCACAGCCUCCUAGGUCCCUGCCAGCAGCAUUUAUCAAUGUAAGAAAUAGGAAGCUUCCUGCAGUGGCACCAGCUUCCCCCAGAGCUGGAGCAUGGGGCUCUGCCUUAAGCCCCAGUGUGGCAAGGCCUUCCUCCUGCCAGGUCUGUAAAAGUUAGAGUGCUCUGAAUGGUGUCUUGAAUGGCUGCAGGCUCAGGGUUUUCUGAAAUCCCCAAGGAGAAGCCAUCAAGGGAGGCAGGUAAUGAAUGUCUUCAGAAUGAAUCAGGUACCCACAACAGUCCCUGGCUGCCUUCUGUAUGUUGGGGGUCUUGAGCCUGGGAGGGGUUUUUUCCUUUGCAUUGUUGUCAUUAAAUCCAAGGUGGUAAUCCCUAAAGUGCUUGGAGUCUCCACUCCGACUGCCUAGAGAGGGAAAUAUCCUGCAUUGAGAACCUGCUUUGAGCCAGGCCCUGUACUAUGCUCCCAUUCCUCCAAAGAUAAAAACAUAUGCAGAGUGCAAGAGUCACUUGCUUUGAGUUACACAGCUAGGAAAUAUCAGAGUCAGAUUUUGAACAUAGCUCUCUUUAAUUCUGUGGGCAGGCCCUUUGUAACAUACCCUGCACCCUUUUUCCUGGUUUUCUUGAAACCAAGGGAGAAAAAGGCUUUAGAUUUCUCACUGUUGCCUGACCAUCUCACUCUAUGAAUAUUUUUUCAAAAUGAUAUUUGAUGGCUGUAGUUUGGGCUCAGAAAUGGCAUUGAGGUAGCCUUAUCCCUCCACUUUUGCAGAUGCUUUAAGUACAUGUUGCUAACUUGAGUCCACCUUCAGGAAUUGAGGGAGCAUUUCCUUUUUGGUAACAAUCCCCCAUAAAUAAAAUGUUUCUAGAGUAUAGUACUUUUCAGAAACUGUGAAAGUGAAAGGUGUUCUGCUCUCCACUCUCACUUUAUUUGAAAAUGUCUGCUGCUGCACUGCUGCAAAAAAGGAAAUCUUCAUUAUCUUAGUAAACCUGGCCAGUUCAGUGCACUGUGAAAAUGCUGAUUCAAAGUCCAGUGAAUCCAGACUCUACUCAGAUAAUUGAUUAUAUAUAUAUGUAUACACACACACAUACAAACACAUACACAUAUAUAUGAUAAAUAUGAUAUAUAUGUGCAUGUGUGUACGUAUGUAUAUACAUGUGAACAAACACACAUACACCACUUAAGAACUGACGGAAAUUCAAAGCAUCCUUCUCAUUAUCUUGCAUAGCAUUGCAAAGUUUCUGCCAGCCUGAUUACAAGUGUCACCAGAUAAUUGGAGCUUAGACGCUUGCUUACAAGAUGCUUACAAGAAAAGUAGUUCCCUAGCAAAGGUUGUCAGUUCCUAGAGCAUUAAGUCUAGAUGACAGCACUAAAAGAAGCUGCACUCCAGCCCUACCCCAAUAUGUUUAAUUACAUGGGAAAUUUCGAAGCCCAGUCAUUUUGGUAAACUGAGAGUCUGACUACUCAGUCCUGCCUGAAGGCACAGCUCCAGAAUUCACUACCUAUAGUGGGGGCAGGGCCUAGGAAGAGUCCUGUCUCCCACCUAGAAAAUAUUCUGAAAUUACAAAGUUUUAUGUCUUUGGCUUAACUCAGACAAGAACUUUGAUCCCCUGCAAAAUGCCAAUACCUCUGGGAAAGCACCACAUUAGGCACUGAUGGGAAGAAUGCAGGGGAAAGUAGUACAGUGGAAAGACUGGGUAUCAGAAGCCCUGUGUCUUGGUGCUGACUCAGACCCUUUUGACAGUCUGGCCUCUCUGGGCCUCAGUUUCUUAAAUGGUGAAAUGUGGAAAGGAGAGUAAACUGGGUGACCUCUAAAGUCCUUUGGUUCUUCAAACUUACUUCUGCAACAUCGAUAUUCACCUUCAAGUUUUUGAGCAUGUAGACACAGAGGGGCUGAUGGGUAAUUAUGCGAGUGUAAGAGGGCAAGGAUGGAGCUUUGGGUGCCAGCUUUGCCCAUUAGGUAAAGGACACAUCCCUCCACUUAUCCCAGUGCUUAGCACAUAGUGGCUGUUCAGUACAUGCUUUUCUAUAAGAAAGUCAGUUGCAUGUUUACUGUCUGCCAAGCACAUCCUAAUUUUUCUGUUUUAAAAAAAAUCUCAUUAUAAAUCGACUCCAGCCUAGCCGUAAGAGAAAAGAAAGGUCCACUGAGGAUACUUCAGCUCCCGGGUUAAUAUUGCCUUCACCGAGCAAUGUUUCCAAAGCCUCUCACCCCAGCCCAUUCCAAGAUCCAUAAGACCAGGCAGUUCUGCUCUCUGGGGGCCUGACCCAUAAGACAGUAUCAUUUGGAACUGAGAACACACCAGAAACAGCACAGCAAAUAAACCAAAGCCACAACAAGGGCCAGAGCAGGAAAAUGAAAAUAAAUGAAGACACUUGUAGGUACGCUGGUACAAAAACAACUGAGCCCAUGCUGGCUUUGAUAUGCCCUUGAGGGGAGAGUAGAUUUACACUUAAUAGGAGUUAAACCUGACCAAUCUGUCUACAGUGACAGGCCACACUGCUGCAUGGGUGGGGAAAACCUACGGAUCCAUUGUCCUCUGACUGUUUUCCUGUGCACAGUCACAUUCCCUCCUUAGCUUCCCCUUCUACCCUUUAGGUUAAACAAGGGAACACUCAAUCAUUCAGCGGAAUUACACAUUUGAGUUAAUGUUUCAGUAUAUUAUUUUCAUGCUGUAAAUUAUUCUGUAAGAGAGAUUUACCACUAUCCCAGGAUGUUCAGAUUUGGUGCCCCUGUGCAUUUGGAAAUCAAUAAACUAUUACUGGAAAUACUA